AUGGAAGAGGAGCUUAGCGAAAAUGAGCUGGAGGAACAAAUGUAUGCUAUGAUACACUAUGUUGACGAUACACAAUCAAACGUCAACUCGAACCAAAACGAUAACAAGAUUGUUGAGAACGUUCCUCAGAGUACCGUGCGUCGCUACUGGCGCACUAACGUAGACCACAACACGCCUUAUCAGAAAAUAAACACACCCAAAGAUUCUGCAAACAACAAAGAAACAGGAGAAAAGAAGGAUGACAAAAGUAAACCUUCAGACCAGAACGCAUCAGACUUGUCUAUUUUCCAACAACCGGUUCCCUCGAAUGUGAAGAAAACUGUAGAAAUAUUGGAAAAUGAUGAUGACAAAAAUAUCGUGGAACUGGAAACGAGUGACGAGGAUGAAGUUAUUGAAGUGGCGCUACCACCCAAACCUACCAUCACCAUCGAGAGUUCGGACGAAGAUGAUGUGUGUACAGUUGAACCAGAGCCCGACAUUAAACACAAGCCAACAAAGCCCACACCGGAUAUUAAAACCUCCGUUGACAGAGAAGUCACUACCAGUCCGGUACCAUCUGUUGUUUCAUCUAUAUCAGAUGACUUCAUAAGAGGAGACUGCAUCGCACUCAAUAUAUCAUCAAAACAUCCAAACAACCAAAGCUUCGAUUUCAGUCUUCAUGGCUCCGACCUUCUCGACCAAACUCCGUCAAAGAAAAAAAAGAAAAAGAAAAGCAAAGAUAAAAAUACACCGUCAUCACUAACACCUCUCUCGGUAUCAACUCCCGUGAGCUCAAAGCAAACGGCUGGUGCAGUUGAUGAAUGUUUCGCCACUCCCAAGAGCAAGGCCAAGAAUAAACGCCAAAGGACAAAAUCAUAUCGAGUUUCAGAGAAAAGUUUACCGAAUGCUGAUGUGUAUGACUCAGACAGCAACCAAUCACUGAAUGAGAGUAACAAAAACCAGACGACAUAUGAGGUGACCGACAAAAGUGUACCGAGUACUGAUGUCUAUGAAUCCGACUCCAAUCCAUCAGAAAAUGCCACAGAACCUGCAUCUAAAGAGGCUACUAAUGACGCUGAGAGCUCGGAAAGCACAAUGGAGAGCCCCGUCGUUGAAACUGUUAAAACAUCUAAAAAUACCGAUAUUUCUCAUAAACCUGUGGUAGAUCUCACAGAACCCGCUCUAAACACAAGUAUUGACGAAAACAUAGUGAUGGGCAAUGUGACUGGAUUCACAGAUAUGGAUGAAUUCAGUGAUCACGAUAUUUCCGUGAAAGACAUAUCUAAAUGCGGCUCAACUAAAAUACCAGCCAUCCUUAAUGAGGAUCUCGACUUUGACAAUCUCAAAGGCAUUAACAAAGUGUGCAAACGACGACGAUACUCACUAACGACAUUACGAGCUGAAAUGGAAAAGUUCUAUAACGAAAGCUGGGGAGGCGAAGAAUUCAACCAUCGGGAGAUACAGAAAAAUAUGUCGCGAGAUAAAAGUUUGUGGGUAAUUGACGCAAAGGACCGUAUGCCGUCGCUGACUAGACGAAAGACCACAUGUAACUAUUGUAACCGCGCCGGUCACCGCGACGACGCGUGUCACUUCAAGCCGCCUGUGUGCUUCAUGUGUGGGGACGCGGGCCACUACGAACCGCGCUGUCCUAGGAAGAUAUGCGUCAAUUGUGGCUCACCCAACUACGUGUACUCAACCAUGUGUAGGAACUGUUCAACAUGGAAGUGCAUCAAGUGUGCGGAGUGUGACCAGAGCGGUCACCCCGCCAGCCACUGUCCCGACGUGUGGCGCAGAUACCAUGAUACUUUGUCGUUGGAGACUCCAUUGGAAGAGAAUCGUCAAACGAAGAAGAAUCACCAGCUGUUCUGCAGCGGUUGCACGCGCCGUGGUCAUUUAGUCCACACAUGCCGACUCUCUCUACCGUUCUCAGGCCUGCCAAUGAACUCCCCGUACGUGUCCGUCUACAGACCAGUCUACCAGAUGUUAGACAUUAACAACCAAAGCAACGAUAUCGGAAACAAGAAAUUUAAGAACAGGAACAAUUCCGAAAAUUCCUCAACGAUCAGACAGGACAGAAUGAAAAGACAGUCCAAGUCGCCGACCACACACGAGUCACAUCUCAACAAGAAACGUAAUGUGGGGACCAUUGAAGUCGAAAUAAGCUCAGGAAAUAAAUUUGCUACAGGGAAUCAGAGGAAAGUUAUGAUCCCUGAAGAACAACCAAAUAACAGCAGCAAAAAUAUUACAGAAACAAACAUCAAUAAAAAAUCGUCUGAAGUUCAAAGUUCAGAGAAGGCUCCAGACUUUAUACCGAUAACAUCAUCGGAGAAUCGAGACAAAAGGGGACAAAUAAUACAAGACAAUGAAGUAUCAGACACUAGCGAGGUCAUUACAUCCGCGAGGGUCUACAUCACUAAGGAGAUAGCGGAUCUCUUGAUGACAGACGAAGGAAACCUGUGGCUCAACACGACCAUCAAAAACAACGAUCUGAUAUUAGAGAACGAAGCUAUAACAUUCUACCUGAGCAUCAACGGUACAGUCGGCAACCAGGAGGCCUUCCAAGCGGAACUGGGAGACUGGAUCAAGAACAAACAAGCGGGCAGAGAGAAAGAACGGUUUGUAUCAGAGAGUGAAACAGACGUCACCCAGGAAGGUACAAACGAUCAACAGUUCUUGACGAAUAACAUACCCAAGAACAGAAAUAACGCUUUGCGCAAACUGAACAAAGCGUUCGACUCGUUAAAGAAAGAUUUGGGGGAUCCGAAGACUAUUUACAAGGAGCUGACGUAUUUACAAAAUAAACAUCAGCAACUUAUUAACCAGAAAGUCAUAAGCCCCAAAAAACUGUCAAACAACAGGGACAAUAUUAAUCUAAUGCUGAGAAAACUGAAUAUGGUACUUCUCGGACAAGCCGGUCUAGCUGAUGGCUCUAAACAUUUAAAGGAACUGUACUCUCUGCAGGAGAAACUGAGCAAUUUCAGACAGAAAAAUAUACCGACGUCACUGCGCGAGGAAAUCGGUGAACACUUUCACUGUAUAUUCGCCGCUAUACCCAGAGAUGAUUACGUAGAACUCUUAAGUAAAUUUUACAACAAGCCGGCCGUGACGUUCAAGAAAAAGAAUGAUAAAUCCUUCAAAGUCAGUCCGAAACCGAACCAGAAGACGUUGAAUCCGAUCCAGAACAUACAACGGAAUGUGAGCGUCGUGAAAGAUGAUACGAAGGAAAACAACGUCGGCAAUGAUACGUCUCAACAGACAGCGGCCACCAAGAACAAGCUGGUGUUCUACCACCGCCGGCUGCUGCGGUCACGACCCAUGGACGCAGCUCUCAAGAAGACUAAGAGCGAACUGCUGAGGAAACUACACUUCAACCUCGCCUUAUUAGGCGACAAGACUCAUAUAUCUUCGAAGGCUCUGAAGAAAAUGAGGAAGAUUCAAGAGCAGGCCCAACUGUUCUUAAAUAACUUUUAG